AUGUACGAAGAGCAAAACCGUUCUACUCAGCAGACGGUCUUGAAAAUGUUCAUGACCACUCAGAUCUCCAAGGGGCAUAAAGUUCACGACCAUUGUCUUCGGAUGAUGGGAUACAUUAACGAGCUGGAAGCCCUUGGAUCCGGGCUAGAUCAUGGCACUCAAGUAGAUGCCAUUCUGAACUCCAUGCCCUCUUCCUUCAACGGGUUCAUAUUAAAGUACAAUAUAAACAAGCUGAAUGUCAGCGUCCAAGAGCUGAGCAAUAUGUUGCCAAGGGCCAAGGACUUACUUAAGAAGGAUGAGCCUGUGGUAAUGCUUGUUGAAACUAACAAAACGGGCAAGAAAAAGAGGAAGGCAAAGAAGCCUCAGAAGAAGACUACCAAACCUAAGAAGUAG